CUAUUAUUACAGACUCUUCCGGUUGUGGGGAACGCAGGCAUUUGAGGCCUGCGGGAGACGUUGUCGGGUCCAGCUUUUUGCUGAGACACGCUGGCGGCAGAAUGGACCGGAGGAAAAAGCCUUUGGAUGUUACGGCCUCCUCGUUGGUAGACCUUAAGGCUGAACUCUUCCGAAAACAAGAAGAAUUCAAACAAGAAAAACUUCUAAAAGAUUCCGGAGUUUUGGGAAAACCAAAAACAACUAAUAAGAAACCCAGUAUCUGGAGCAAACAGAAUGCAGGAGUUUCAAAUCGAGCUGAGAAGGAUACAGAACAGAAGAUCGAGGAACAGAAGACUUUAGACAAAGCAAGGGAGAAAUUGGAAGAAAAAGCCAAAUUAUAUGAAAAAAUGACUAAAGGAGACUUUAUAGAUGAAGAAGUGGAAGAUUUGUACCUUGUGGAUUUCACACAGAAGAUCAUAGAUAAACACAAAGAAAUGGAGGUGUUUGGUGCCAAUAGAGAUUCUAGAAAGACAGCAGAAAGAGAUGAUGAUGAAGAAAAUCUUUCUGAAAAAGAUAUACCUCCUCCCCAGGACCCCAGUGAAGAAUGGGUGGAUUAUGUGGAUUCUUUGGGGCGAUCUCGGCGCUGUAUGAGAAAGGAUUUGCCAGAUUUGCUGGAAAUGGAUAAAAAUCUUCAAGGGAGGCUUUUCGUUAGUCCUGCUAAUGAGAAAACCUUAUUAUCUGAAGAUAUGAGAAAAGAACUUCAGCGCCAGCAAUGGGAGGAAGAAGAAAGAGAGGCCUUGAAAAGGCCAAUGGGACCCAUACAUUAUGAAGACAUUCGUGAAAAUGAGGCCCGGCAACUUGGUGUUGGAUAUUUUGCUUUCGCUCGAGAUAAAGAGUUGAGAAGCAAGCAGAUGAAAACAUUAGAGAUGCUACGUGAACAGACAACAGAUCAGAGAACAAAACGAGAGAACAUAAAGGAAAAGCGAAAGGCAAUGUUAGAAGCAAGACUUGCUAAACUCCGACAAAAAAAGAUGAAAAAGUCAAAAGAAGAUGGAGCAGAGGAAGAAAAUAGAGAUGUUAUUGGACCUUUGCCACCAGAACCAGAGGCUGUGCCAACUCCACGUACUGCUGCCCAGAGUAGCAAAGUAGAAGUCAUUGUUCAGGAGAGGAAGGAUACCAGGCCCGGAGUGCCCCAUGUCCGAGAGUGGGACAGAGGAAAAGAAUUUUCCUUCGGGUACUGGUCGAAGAGGCAGGCAGAUCUCCGGGCUGAGAGAGAUCCUGAGUUUGCUCCACCAUCAGAUUAUUUUGUGGGACAAAAGAGAACUGGUACCUUCGGUAGCCAGACAUGGAACAGACCUGCACCUGCACAGAGUGACCCAGGACAGUGCUCUGGCCAGAGCCAUGACCCCAGCUCUUCACAUACAUCAUCCACUCCUGCCCCCAGCAGCCCACCACAAGCCCCCACAGUCACUUUCGAAACUCUGGAUGAUAUGAUAUCAUAUUAUAAACAAGUGACAUGAACUUCAAAACCAUUCUCGCUUGUGUCUAUACUACGAUGGUGCCUUUUUCUCCCAAAUUGGGGAAAAGAUAACUUUAAAGAUUGAAUUGUAUCUUUCUCCUCCUGUUUUUUCCCUAGAGGAUACAGACUUCUGUUGGAUUUGUUGGAUUUGUCAGCAAAGAAGAAACUGAAUGGUACUGUGGGAAUUCUGUGGCCACUUGGCUGUUCAUUUCUUUCUGAUUGAUAGGAAGACCUGUCCUUCUGGAUUUAUGUGUAAGCUGUCAUAACAUGACCCUAAGGAGCUUGUAAUCCUGUUUCCUGCCCACUUCCUUGGCUUAUUUGAUUUAAGGGUUCCAUUCCUUUCCUUUUGCAAAUACUAGCAUGCAGCUUUCUUUUUUCCAAGGAUUCAGCUUCCGUAUCACUUGAUGGAGUGUCUGUCAGGAGGCAUGUUUGCCUGUCAAAGUGGCAAAUGAGGAAACACUGUGCAGGGCAAAGUAAUUUAGUCUCCAAGAAGACCCUGAAGCUGGUGGACUAUUAAGCAAUAACAUUUAAAAUGAUAAGGAAGACCAGGGAGUAGAACCUCAUAAUCCAAAAGGGUAGGAGGUGAAGUCACUUAUAUUGUCACCACACAUGCCUGGUGGGUAUUCAUUAAGUGUGUGUGGAGUACCUGAGGCCCAUGUGGAGGCUGUCGGACCGAGUCAGAGAGUGAGAUGCUCUUCAGCUUAAGGGUUACUUUUUCAGCUCGGCCUUUCUCUGCUGUGCCCACUGUAGGCCCUCAUCACUUUCAGGAGCCACAUCACCUCAGAAGUCUUACUGAAAUAGAUCUGGGCUGGAGUGCGAGGCAGGGAGGUCCCUUCAUCCUUACUAACAGUGAAUUAGUGAGCAGAACUCUGGAAGCCUUUUCUGUGCCUGAAUACAUCCCAUCCUCUGCCUCCUGCACCUCAGUGUCUUCAUGGCUCCAGACAAGCAGUGGGAGUUGGCCACCAGAUCUUCCAAGUGCCAGAAGGAGCCUAUACUCCUGUGGGCUCCAAUCCACAUAGUCUCGGUGAUAUUGAUGGGAGUGCUCAUUAUGGAUUGCAAACUGGAGCCCAGAAAAGGUCAACAACUUGUCCAAGGUCAUGUAGCAUCCAAACGGCAGCUCUGGGACUUAUAUGUAGCUUGUUUAGGCUCACGUUUGCUCCAAAUUCAGUUUCUCCACUGCCCUGUGCUCUCGGUGUUGUCACUCCAGUAUUAAGUAGUACUAGAUGAAAAUCCCAAAUUCUUGCAAACUUAACCUCUGAACUCCAUGUCAAGGGCAAAGUUGCCUGUCCUAAGGGUCAUUCUGUCAGUCUGAUUAGGCAAAUCUCUUUUUAAAAAUACACAUUAAAAUCAACUGACCCAGCCAUCUUUUUGCAGAAAUUGGUAAGCUGAUCCUAAAUUUGUGUGGAAUUGAAGAGGCCCAGAAUAUCCAAAAUAAUCUGAAAAAGAACAAAGUUGGAGGACUCUCACUUUCUGUUUCAAACUUAACUACAAAGCUACAGGAAUCAAAGCAGUGUUGUACUGACAUAGGAUAAGUACCUAGAUCCAUGGACUAGUGCUGAGAGUCCGAAAAGAAAGCUCUGUUUCUGUGGUCAAUUCAUAUUUGACAGUGGUGCCAAGGCCAUCCAAUGGGGAAAGAAUAGUUUCUUCAAAAGAUGAUUUUGGGACAGCUGACUAUCCACAUGCAAAAGAAUGAAUAUGGAUCCGUAACUCAGGCGAUACGCAAAACCAGCCCAAUGUCAAAAUGGAUCAAAGGCCUAAACAUAGGAACUAAAACUACGUAACCAACUGAAACAGCUUUUGGGCACAAGGAGAAGAGACAGAAAAAAAAAAUUGGAAUAGUAGAAAGAAAAAAAUAGAAUUAUUAGUUAUACUGGGAACAUUGGAAAAUGGAAAAAUGGAAGGAAGGAAGAAAACACAAAUGAGAAAGAUGGAAAAGAUAUGAUUAUAAGAUAGAGAAGGACUUGGGCUGUAUGUGGAGGGGAUGGGAAGGCUGGUCAGGCAGCAGUAAUCCCUGUGGGAGCCAGUGGUCAUGAGAGGGAAUCCGAAAUAACCUUUUUUUGCUCAGGAUGGCCCAACCUAGGGUGCAUGGUGAAGCAGUCUGCAUGUUGGCUCAUGGUCACUGUCGACUAGGAACUGUAAGUCUCAGAUUUUCUCUAGGAUUUCAAAACUAUUUUAACAUUUCUCAUCCUGUCUCAGCAUACAGGUUGUUUAGUGUUUCAGGAGCCCAGUUGUUAGUUACAUCCUCUUGCCUUUCAGACCCAGAGUUCAGGUGUUGACACAAUUUCAGUUUUACCAUUUCUCAUGGGCCUGUUUUAUAGUGUGAGUCCAGCAGAUGGCGCCAGCAUUCUCAAGACUUCAGAUUCACUGCAAUAGCACCACCCAGUAGAAAUAGGAUGUAAACUGUUUCCAGUUUUCUGGGAACCACAUUAAAAAAAGUGAAAUUAAUUUCAUGAUAUACUGUAUUUAAUCCGGUAUUUAAUCCAGUAUAUCCAAACUAGUUCAACUAGUUCAAAUUUAAUUAUAUUUAAAAAUAUCCAGAUAUUUUAUAUUUCUUUGCACACUGAGUUUUAAAAAAUCUGUAUAUCCCCCAGUGGUACAUCUCAAUUCAGAUGUUAAAUUUUCAUCAGGAAUACUUGGUCUAUAUUUGUAUUUCUUAGCAAAUACAGUGAAAAGGUAGAUUCACACACCCAAGUUCCAUACACACAAACAUUUCUAAGUUUGCCAGUAACUAUCAAAUAUCAGUUCUUUUUUUUAAUUUUUAAUUUUUAUUAACAUAUAACAUAUUAUUAGCCCCAGGGGUACAGGCAAAUAUCAGUUCUUAAUACAAUUUUACUUCCUUAGUCAUGCUAACCACAUUUCAGAUACUCAGAAGACAUGACGCUAGUGCUACCGUCUUGCAUAGCACAACUCUGCAUGAUCUGAUUUUUUAUAUGCUUUAUGGUCUGACUACAUGUAAUCCUCCCAUUAGUAGCUAAAGGACUGAUAAACAUUUCUUCCAGUCAUGCAUUAAGCACUGAAGCUAUUCUUACUGCAAUGUUUAACUCGGAGGCAAGGAGUCAUGAACUCUUCUGUCAGAAAACAUGACCACACCUUACUCGUAUCUUUGUAGAGCUAAGCGAAAUGUUUUGGAUCAGAAAUUGCUUUGAAUUAUUUGUUUUCACCGUAAUCUUUCUUCUAGGCCUUUGUGUGUUUUGAUACAGUCCCUUUGAAUUGGCUAAAUAAAUCAUUUUGUUCGCUUGCAAAAUUCCCAAAGGAGAAACUUUAAAUCCAUAUACAUGAGAUUCCUGCUAUGUUUAGCCAUACAUUUGCCAGACUUGUGGGAUCAUUUAUUUCCUCUUAAAGCCACAGUGCAGCCUGCAGGAUGGUUUUCAGCUAACCUUGUUGUGACAUCGAGAGGAGGCAGUAGAAUUUAGAAUUUGGAACAGGGGUCAGUACUGGUCUUUACAGUUAAUACAACAUAGAGGAGCCACGCCAUAUGUGUUUCGUUUCUUUUUCAGCCAGUGAAUUGAACUAAGUCAGUUAUAUGUCAAGCAGUUUGUGUAAAAAGCUAUAUGGCUAAGGUAAGUGAUGAUAAUUAGAAUUGUUGACCUGCUGGAAACAGAGAGAAAGUGAAAUCCCCAGGUCCUCCCGCCCAGCCUUUUUGAGCUGCCUUAGUGAGGCAUUUAGCUAGUGUAGAUUAUGGACAUCUAGCUUAAUGUUUAAUGUUUGGGGUUGGGGGUAGAGAAUGAUGUAAUAGGUGUACACUAUUGUGUAGGAAAACUGGAAGAUUAAUGAAAUGAAGCAAGGUGUUUUAAUGAAAACCUGGCACUCAGGCCCAGUAUUGAUCUGUUACCAUGUUUCUUAAUAAAUCCCGGGCUGCAUUUAUAUA